AUGUUCACUGUGUUCCAGAGUUCGGACUUGGUUGUCCUUCCCGGCUCUACUGUAAAUAUCCCAUGUCAAAAUAUGGCUGAUAAUGUAGCAGGAGAACUGAGCACUAGUUAUGCUUGGACUUUCAAGAAAGAUAUUCAACGGAAAGGUACAAUAGUUUUUGUUAACGUAGAAGCGAAAGACUACGGCAACUACACCUGCAGUAAAACGAAAAACGGCAAAACUGAGGAGUUCGUGCACGAGCUGCAGCUGAUAACUUUGCCGAUUUACAAAAUUACAAUGGAGGUAUCGUACAGCACUUCAGAAAGUUGUACUCUGGAAUUAGAGGACAUGAUGUAUUCGUAUAUGCCGAAAAUUAAGAGACCUACACUGGACAGAAUGUUCGCCUCGACGUCACAAAGAAAUGAUGAUGGUUUGCGGGCGUCUUACAAUAUCUCGUUACUUAUAGCAAAAUCCGGAAAACCGCAUACUAUCGGAGAGAAGUUAGUUUUGCCAGCCGUUGAAGAGGUUUUAAAAACUGUUUUACACAAACCUGCAUCUGAUAUCAUUAAAAGAAUUCCCUUAAGCAACAAUACUGUUGAAAGACGUAUUGAUGAAAUGAGUUCUGAUAUUGAAAGCAUCUUAUGUAAUUAUUUGUAA